CCUCCCGCCGUGGAGGCCGAGGGCGGGCCGGGCGGGGCGCAGGAGGGCAGGAGGGCACCGGGGCAGCGACGGAGCAGGGUGCCGCCAUGGUGSUGGUGGUGGUGAUGGGCGUCAGCGGCUCAGGGAAUUGGGAUGGAAAUUCUACGAUGCAGACGAUUAUCAUCCUCUAGAGAAUAAAAAGAAAAUGGCAGAAGGGAUACCACUSAACGAUGAGGACAGGAUUCCUUGGCUUUGUGCAUUGCAUGAUAUACUAAGGAGAGAAGACACAUCAAAACAAGAUGCAGUUCUGGCCUGUUCUGCACUGAAGAAGAUGUAUAGGCGCGUGUUAAUUAGUGGAGCAUCUGCAAUUGAAAGCAACCAGCCAGAGCAACCAGGAGAAAACCCAGCACUGAAGAUCCUCUUUGUUCAUUUGGACGGGCCUAUGGACAUCAUUGCUGGCCGCCUGGAGAAGCGGAGAGGUCAUUUCAUGCCACCUGAACUUCUCAAGUCUCAAUUUGAUACUCUGGAGCCACCUAGUGCACCAGAAAACUUCAUUACUAUCAGUCUAGAAAAAUCUCUCCCUGAAAUAUUGCUACAGAUUGAGAAUGCAAUUCUUCAGAAUGAGGCUUUGCUGGAGUAAUUUUCUGAAAGACACAUACAGAAAUUCCCUGAAGGAUAUCAAGGCUAUGAAACAGKGUUUUAAUUAUUGAAUUGAUUAUUAAACCAGCUUAUUUUUAAGAGCUGGUUUACUCCUUUUAGGUGUUUUAUCAUAGCUCUGUAAAAGACAUAUAAGAUGUAAUUUUCCAGAGCUGUUAACUUUUUAAACCCUUCAUUCCAUGAAGUUAAAAUUCUCAGUAAAAGUCUCUUUCAAAAAUCCUGGGAAGGGUCACAGAGAAUAAUUUAUUAAUUUUUACUCUGUCAGUCACUGAGAUGGGCACAUCUGCUGUUACAAGAUCCAAUGAUUUAACAAURAUUUGUUAAAAACAACAUUUUUCUAGAAGAGGCAGGAACAUGCAGGAUGAAGUUCUGUACCUGACAGAACCCCUGUAUCRUUCCUGGAUUUUCAUCAAGACCUCACCAGAGCACUGAUGGCUUCAUGAAAACUUUUCUGAACUCUUUACUGUAUGCAUUGACCACCAAGCUGAAAAAUGUGAGAAAAAAAGGUAGUGGUGGUGAUGCAAUAUACAAAAUUUAAUUGAAUGGAAAGCUUUAGAAAUAAAAGCAGAAGUGGGAUCAUGCUGGCUCUAAACUUGGAUCUCUCACGUACAAAGCAUACAYAUUGCAUUCAAGCAUGAGUCAACAAGUGAUUAAGUACUGAAUGCAAGCUUGAUAGACAUUUCCUUCUUUUUGAAAACGCACUCUUUCAGUUAGACCUUUUCCUUCGCUUCCUGUUGCUCCUCAGUGCAUGUCCACACAACUGCCAUAAAGCUUUUAAUCAUACUAUUCCUAAUACAUAUAUUUCACAUCUUUUUGUGAUCAGAAAAUUCCAAAUAUCCAAUCAGUCACCUAGCUCACAGAAUUCAAGGUUAAAGGCCUCUUUUACUGCCAAAAUUUUUCAAAAAGUACUUUAUCUCACAUUAUACAAGACGUGCCUUUUCAGCUUAAUGUUAUAAAAACUUCAGAUAAUUUCUGUGAGAUUUGAAUCUUGUUUGAAUGGAGACAAUUUCAUGUGCUGUCACACAUUAUUUUUAGUGUGUCGUGUAAUUUUUUUUUUCCUGGGAUAAUGGAUGAACUUCUGCAGAAGCACACCUCAUGUUUGAAAGCAUCUUUAGUGUCAUUUUUACCUGGAGAAGUAGUUGAAAAACUACCUAUUCAUCUAGGUUCUCACUAUGUAUGAAAAUAGUAAACUUUGCAGUUUACUACACAAACCACUGUGCUUAAAUUACUGCAAUAAAUGGGCAUUAUCUUACUGAAAGCAGCUGUUUUUAGACACAGGAUUUUAGGCAUUAACCUAACCCAGAAGUGGUCUUUUCCUGUUUUAUUUGUGACCUGAAGGGAAAAUGGCAGGUAGUUAACCAGUUUCAGUCUGCUGCUGUCCACUACAGAGUGCUCCCACCUCAGUGUGUUUGUUCAAGAGCCAGGGUGACACAGGGGUAAAGUUAAAUGCAAGAGCAAGGGAUGUCUGUCUGCUUCUUAAUACCCUCAAWUUUCAGAGACCCCUUCAAACCAAGUUAUUUGUCAGAACCAUACAAAUUUAGGUGUGAAACUCAAAGACACAGCACCCUCUUGUGGCACCUCUGCUAUUAACGAGGUCUACAUCUUUUCCAAUACAUUUUUUUACAAAGAUUUUUACUAUUGUACUCAGUAUUAAAUACAGAUUUAUGCACUUUUUUCACACACAAUAAAGCCAGACCACGACACUAUAUGGUGAUGGAUAAGCAGCUGCAUUCUGUCACACACAGAUACAAUCAGACCUUUAGAUAAUUUUAUUUUAAAGGGACAUUUUGAAGUGUGAGUUCGGAGAAGGCCUGAUUUUCAGAUGUGAUUGUCAGCAUUUACUGAAUGCUCACAAAGUGGCUGUCACCAACAGAAAAUUGUACUCCAUAGUUAAAAAAACAUUCUGAGAAUUAUAUAAGCAGCUUGGGUUUUGGAAGGCUUCUAAAUAAAGUAGUAUGUACUCACAGGCAGUUCAUGCUUCUUCAGAUUAGGUCAGGGUAUUUGUCACUCUUUGCUUCUAUGUUGGGAGUAUUUCCUUCCCUUACCCUUUUAAUAUAUUUGCAUUUUGCUUUUACUUAAAAGACACUGCAUAGAAAGUUGUUAAUCAGUUGUUGUCUGUUAMCUGCUAUUCUGAUAGACAACAAAGCAUCACUUCUGCUCACUUAUAUCCCGGGCAUCACAAAUUAAAAGACUAAGAUGUGAAUUAUCCCAAUACUAAUCACGUAAAACUACUUGCAUAUUUUAAUCAAGCUGUGCACAUGUGCAUUGGAAGAAAAAGGUACCAGAACAAUCCCUGCCCUAACAUAAUCCUACAAAAUUUACUUAAUUUUUGUUUUGUGUUUUUUCAUUGUGAAGGUUUGUUUUUUUGUUUUGUUUUAAACUAACAUUGCUAUUCUAGGGAUGUCAUAUUCAGAUUAGUUGGGAGGCUAUAAAUAGUUAGCACAGCUUACCUGGAUGCAAGUGCACUGUAUUUUGCAGUAUAUUUAGCAAAUGCAGCAAAAUCUGAGGAGGAAACACCUGGAGGUAGAAAUUGCUUUCUCUGUCUCUAAGCACAAAUUAUCUAUGCAAGGUACAUGCACUAUACGCSCUCAAGAAUUUGUGCUAAGCACAGUUUGUAACAAGCUGUGUAAAUACUUCCCCUACUACAGCAUAAACAUUUUUCAGUGGUAAAAUGAGGAAAUAAAAAUUAAAURCUAUCUAUCCCAAUGGCAGUAUACAUUAAUACGUUA